UUGAACUCUUUCAGCUGACAAAGGGCAACAAACUUCUCGUAAGUAAAGAAUCAGGGCCUCGCAUUUCUAGUGAUAAAACGGAAAUUUUCCCAUAUUGGGCCUUAUUUACCACCAGUGGGCAAAAACGAAUCCUGUCCUCCGACACGCCUACUUCAUCCUCAUUCCUCUAAAUAUUGUCGCCUUCCGGAGUUCUGCCCCCUGUUCACCCAUUGACUGGGCCACGCCAGACGCCUGAAAACAAUGGUUUUGAGAUGCGCGGCCAAAGGAUGCCAUACCAAACAUGAUGGCUCUAUUGAACAAUCCUUCUUCAAGUUCCCAAAGCAGAAUCUAAAAUUGCGCCAACAAUGGCUGGAUCUGCUGGACAUACCCGAUUUUGUUCCCAAACCAACCUCGUCCGUUUGUUGGAAACAUUUCCAUCCAUCUGCCAUGAAGAUCAAGUGGAAUCCAAAUCGGGAUAAGAAUAUCCGCCCAAGAAGGAGAUUGGUUAUCAAUGCUGUCCCGGAUUAUCAAGGACCUUAUGAAAAUCAAGGAACUGAAACGUCCAUUUGGCCGGAUGAGACGUGUUGCCUACCGACAAUUCCCAACGAUACAGAAGAACCACUAGAGGCCGAGGAGUCAGAGAUAUUCCUUCCAUCUGGAGAUGCUCAGGCCAGGCUUGACCCAAUAAGUAAUGUCCAAUUGGCAGACUCCCCGCUUUCUUUCGAAUCAGAAGAGUUUGACAAUGAUAAGGCAAAUGGGGACGAAAUGGGCGGGUCUGGUCAAUCCUUCCCAGAUCAUGCAUAUGCCAAAUCGGAUUCCAUCCCCAAGCAAGUAACUUGGAGGCAUGCCUGUUCCAAAGAUGAUCAAAUUGUCGACUUUCGAAGGAAGGUCAAAAGACUCCAGGACUACCUGAGAAAUGGCGAAAGACGGAUAAGGAUGUUGAAGUCGGACCCUAAGGCAGAGUUCCUUUGAUGACUCCGAAAUUGUGGAAUUAAAUUUUUAAAACAAGUGAAAGCUUGCAACACUA